AUGAGAGUGGCAAGGGCAAACCGUACCAUAUCGAUGGAUGCGGUUUGUGCCAUAGUAGGAAUGACCCCCAUAAACAUCUUAUUGGAGGAGGACUGUGAGUGCUACAGACUGCGAGGAACGGUUGGUGCUCGCAUGAUUGCGAGAGACGAUUCGAUGAGGAAGUGGCAGCUGGCUUGGGACAGUAUUUCGAAAGGAAGGUGGACAUAUCGGCUCAUUCCGAACCUGUCGCUGUGGUUGGACAGAAAACACGGGGACGUCAACUUCUUCCUGACACAAUUCCUGUUGGACCAUGGAUGUUUCAGGAAGUAUCUUCACAGAUUCGGACACGCAGGGUCCCUGCUUUACCAGACCUGUCCGAGCUGCGAGGAGACACCGGAGCACGUGUUUUUCGACUGUCCUCGAUUCAGGACAGAGCGAAGUGUGCUCUCAGCGGGCAGCGCUAGUAAUAUAAACCCCGAGAACAUCGUGCAAGAAAUGUACAAGAAUGAGAAUACGUGGAACGAAAUAGGAAGAGCGGUAACGCAGAUCAUGAUGUCGCUGCAGAGAAAAUGGCGUUAA